ACCGGAAGUACUCCGCUUUGGGGCGCCUGCUGUAAACUGCUGCGGCUUCUCAGCUUUGAACGGAGCGAUGACGAUAGACGGCCGCUAGGUCGGAAAGAGCUCGUCUCAAUAUAUUUGUACCGUGGCCAUACGUUCCCGACACGUGUACGUGCAACGAAUACACAUUACGCCAGUUCAUAAUUCGUGCCCCAUUGAAUCAUUUCUUUGGGCGAACAUUUGGAUACGACACGCGCUUGAAUUUACCCGAGGGGCGCAUUAUGAAAAUACACUGACUACCAGCGACAUUUUCCAAGUUUCACCAGAAGGUCCUACGUCAGGAUGAAUGGACGGACAGAUGCUCCUCAGGACCGGGGCUGCCUAGUGGGGAUCUGUUUCUUCAUUCUGGGCCUGGGAACGUUGCUGCCAUGGAACUUCUUCAUGACUGCCUUAUUGUAUUUCCAAAGUCGCCUCAACACGACAGAAUGGAGCAACGUCACCACGGAGGUCCCCAAGGAGGUCCCCAAGGAGUACUACUUCAACAACUGGAUGACCCUGCUAUCCCAGCUGCCUCUGCUGGUGUUCACCCUGCUAAACUCCUUCCUCUACCAGAGGGUAUCGGAGGGAAUACGCAUCGCAGGUAGCCUGGUUUUCAUCCUGCUGUUAUUCAUCCUCACAGCAGUGCUGGUCAAAGUGCCCAUGGAUUCGGAACGCUUCUUCUCUGUCACCAUGGCAACUAUCUGGUUCAUCAACUCAUUCGGUGCCGUGCUGCAGGGAAGCCUGUUCGGCCUGGUGGGUCUUCUCCCUCAGAAGUUCAGCGCCAUCUUCAUGAGCGGCCAGGGCCUCGCCGGGACCUUCGCUGCCAUCGCCAUGCUGCUAGCCAUAGCCAGCGACGCAGACUUUGAGACAGCAGCGCUGGGUUACUUCAUCACGCCGUGUGUGGGGACGCUGGUGACUCUCUUCAGCUACCUGCUGCUGCCCCGUCUGGAGUUUGCCCAAUAUUAUCUGAAGAAAACCAACAAGUAUGAGGCAGGCACCACUGACGAGCUGCUGAAAGAGAGCAGCAUAGUGGAGAACGGCAAGCCGAAAGGCCACGCUAAUGGCACAGUGACCAGCAGUGCAGCUGAGGCCAAGGUGGACCCCAGUCCAGAGGGGCCAAAGGGAGCCUUCCUGCCAAUGGAGCAGGUCGAGAAGGGACAAGCCAAGGCCUCGGUCAAAGAGGUCUUCAAAAAGAUCUGGGUGAUGGCGUUCUGUGUGACGUUUGUGUUCACGGUCACUCUGUCCGUCUUCCCUGCUGUCACUGCAGACGUCAGGACCUCAAGCCCAGGAGGAAAUUGGGAGCGCUUCUUCAUCUCAGUGUGCUGUUUUUUGUUUUUCAACGUCAGCGACUGGUUGGGUCGGAGUGUCACCACCGUGAUCAAAUGGCCUCGCAAAGACUCUCGUCUGUUCCCGGCGCUGGUAGUCUCCAGGGUGGUGUUCGUCCCGCUGCUGAUGCUCUGUAACGUCCAGAAACGCACCUUCCUUCCCGUCUGGUUCAGCCACGACUUUGUGUUCGCCAUCAUCAUGAUUCUCUUUGCUCUGUCCAGCGGCUACUUCGUGUGUCUUUCCAUGUCCUACGCACCACAGUUGGUGGAGCAGAAGGACGCCGAGACAGCAGGGGCCCUGAUGACUUUCUUCUUAUCCCUGGGUCUGUCCUUAGGAGCCGGCCUGUCCUUCCUUUUGCGGCAUCUGGUGUAGACAUACACACACACACAAUAUAUUCACACAUACUUGGUGGGAGAAUUUUGUUAAAUGUUAUUUGUCCUUCCUGGACCUCAUUUUUGUUUGUGUGUGUGUGUGUGUGUGAUGGUCCUGGACACCAAGCAUCAUGGUGAUGCUGUACACAGCUCAUGAAGUGGUGUUGUUCAUAAAUGACUCGCAAGGUUCCCUUUGAAAAUAGGAACAAGGGAAAUAUUGUGUUGCUCUGACUGACUACUGGUUACUGUUCUUUUUUCUUUUUUACAUUCGCUGUUAUGUGUUUCUUAAUUUUUAGAAGUAUUUAUGUUUAAUUUAGGUUUGUUGUAGGUAGUUUUUAUGCAUUAUUAUGAUCUACUUUUUUUCUGAUUGGUGGCUUGAAUUAAUAUUUUUAUACGAUUUUAAUUUCAUUAUUUUAACGUAUUUUUAUUCUUAGGUUUAUUUAGUUUAUUCUAAGGAAACGGCUCUGAGUCACAGAUGUAGAACAAAAGAAAAAGGUUAAAGACCUGCCAGAGAUUGAAAUGAUAGUUAACAUUUUUGUUGGAAAGUCAAUGAAAUGAUCAUAUAGAAAGUGCGGAGACUCAACCACACAGAGACACACACACACGUUUGUAGUGGUUGUGUCUCUUUCAUACUUGGGUUCUCUUGUUUGUUUUUCUCCUCCAUUGUUUUAUAAUGGGUCCACUUUCUUGAGACAUUCUGCCGGUUCCCUGACCUCCAAGCUGCAGCAUCGAGGCUGCCAUCUACUGGCCAAAAGACAGGAGCCCUUCAGAGCUUCAGUUCAUCUCAUUCGAUUUCCUGUUUAUUUGGUACGAAUACAUUCACAUUGCAAAACAAUUAUCCAAUGCAGCAUAUCGCAGCAUUUUUAGCUCCUGCUAAUUUCCCAUGCUCGUCUCUAGAAGGCCCUUUUUUAAAAAUAUCCUCAUUUACUUUGGGGCCGUUGUGAGGUCACACGAUACUACUGGCUGGUGGGAAAUGGAGACACUGUGUAAUACUUUGACACAUUGAAGGUUAUGUGGGCGUAAGCACAUUCUUCUGUUGGCAUGAAGCUAUGAUGAAACUCUUCAUUUAACCCUUUAAACUUCUCCUGAGGGCGGCUUCUGUUGUGUCAGAGUGUAGGAAUGUUGCUGUAAGCCAUACAAUCAAGAGUAUUGUAUUGUAUUGGCCAUUUAACUUUGUUAAAAAGUAUUUUAAUUUAGUUUUUGACAUGUCUAACAAUGUGCCAUGCUCCAAUCAAGUAAAUAAUUUGUUUUGUUGGGGUUGGUUUUCCUCAUUCAAAAGGGAGGGAAUUUGUUGCUCCAGAUUGAUUUUUGGAAACAAUUUUCUUUUGCUUAAGUGCUCAAUAAGUUCUCAAUAUGUGUAUGCUUAUUAAUGGAAGGGUUUAUUUAAUUGACUGAAUCUGUAAAUUAGGUUUACUGAAUAAGGUGUUCUGUACACGUUACACCUGCUGCUUCAAACGCACCAAGGGCGAUAUUUACAGGACGCUUUUUCUAUAUAUAUAUUUUUUUUUAUAAACAUAACUUGCUUUUGUGCUGCAUUCACAUAUUUGCGGGGGUUGUUCUAUUUGACUUGAUGGGUGACAGCAAACAGUGUGGCAACGCCAGGCAGAAACACACACACACAUACACAUAUCCUUUUGUCUAGUUUACAAAGCAGUUGCUGCUCACUUCAACCUCAACCAUGUGGCGUUCAGCACGAAGCUGGAAGGAACCACACUUCCCUGCAGCCUGUCAACGCAGCACCAGAAGCGGGGACGAAGAAGCCACACACUGGGUUUCCUGUCUCCGUGUGAGCUUGUCGUCUACGGGACGUGGGUCGGGUCGGGUCACUUGAGCCUUAAUAAUGGAGAGGCCCGGUUUCAAGGGUUCGUGCUGCGUUCACGUCGUACUGGACUGGCCGUAAAUGCAGAUGUCUGUCCUUACCUCGUGGUAAUUACAACCGCAGGGGGUCCCGGGUCGCUCCCAACGCGUCAUACUGUCGUGUUUUCUCUGUGGCGUAAAUAUUUGAUGUACAGCGGAUCCACACUGUUAGAACAAAGGGAACUCGUGCCUGUACACAAUGCUGUCAAUAAAUGGAUGGUUUCAACUCCC